CGAAAUCCCACCCGAUCUUUUGUUCUGGUAUAACCCCCCACCCCCCAUUCCUCUUCUGUAUUUCUCACUUCAUUCCCAUCCUUACUAAGUUCAGUUCUCAGUCACCAUCUUUUUCCACCAUGAAACCACCACCACUCUUCCUCCUCCUCCUUCACCUCCUCUUACUUCUUUUCAUCGCCACAAAUGCCACCAAACUAACAGCACUCUCCCCUACUCCCUCCCCAACUCCACCCACCACUUCUAAGUCUUCCCCCUCUGCUCUAGACCCCAAACAAAUACGAGCACUCCAAUCCCUCAACAUCCCCACCACCAGAGACCCUUGCAUUCAACCCUCCCCUCACAACGCCACCAUAUGUGACAACUCCAAGCCCUUCCGCCACCUUAUUUCCCUCCACCUCUUCAACUGCUCCUCCGACCUUUCCCUGUCCUUCACAGCUCUCAAGUCUCUCUCUUCCCUCCAUGCCCUCUCUUUCACCAACUGCCGCGCCUCCCCCAUCCGCUUCCCUUCCCAUCUCUCUCUUUCUUUGACUUCCUUCUCUUGCAUUCACUCUCUCCGCCGCCUUACUGGGGUCUGGCUCUCUCGUUUCGUUAACCUUACUGAUCUUACAGUUUCCUACACUUCAAUUAACACUCACGGCCUUUAUGUAAUCCUUGGAAACAUGCAUAAGCUGAAGACUAUCACCAUUUGUCAUGCUAAUCUUACUGGGUCUCUUCCAAGGCACCUGCAUCUGAAUCUCACCUAUAUUGAUUUAUCCAACAACAAGCUCAUAGGAAAGAUACCAACUUCCCUUACGCUUCUUGAAGACCUUGAAUUCUUGAAUCUUUCUUCAAAUGGGCUAAAUGGGGUGAUUCCCACCGAGUUUGGUGACUUGAUAUCCUUGAAAAAUGUAUCUUUGGCUUCCAAUUCGUUUUCCGGGUCAAUCCCAGAUUCCAUGUCAGCUAUCCCAGGCUUGGUCCAUGUUGAUCUGAGUAAUAACCAGUUAAAUGGAACUGUUCCAAGGUUUUUCUCAGAGUUGAAAGAGCUAAAAGUCUUGAAUCUUGAGAACAAUAAGCUUCAUGGGGUUUUACCUUUCAAUGCUAGUUUCAUAAAGAGAUUGGACGUUCUCAAGGUUGGUGGGAAUGGCAAUUUGUGUUACAAUCAUUCUGUUUUGUCAUCAAAAAUAAAACUCGGGAUUGCUCCUUGUGAUAAGCAUGGGAUGGCGAUGUUACCACCGCCUUCUAAGGAGUCGUCUUCGGGAGACAGUGAGAGUGAAUCUUCAGAUUAUGAUUAUGAUGAUGAUGGCGCUGAGGGUGCAAAUGAGAAGAAGGGUCAUCAUCACGGACCAAAUAAGGUUGUGCUUGGUGUUGCAAUUGGCCUUUCUUCAAUAGUCUUCCUUAUUGUGUUCUUGGUUCUUCUUUCAAAAUGGUGUCGUUGAGACAAGAAAAAUAUUAUUGGUUAGAUUUUUAGAGUACGGGAAAUCGGUGAUUAGAAGAAAAAAAAGUUAACAUUUGAUACACUUAAUUUUCGGGGUGAAAAAAACAGCAAAAGGUAGAAUUUUGAGGAAAUACCCCCUCCCUUGAACCUUAUCUUUCUUCAUUUUGAAGAAGGAAUCAUUGAACUUGUGUCAUAUUUUUUUACUCUUUUCUUUUUUUGUCAUUGAAUGGUUAAAAGAGCAGUGGUUUCCAUUUUUGGUGUACGAAGUGUGAGCAAAGCAAAGUAAUUAAUGCAUUCUUCUUCUUGAUGUUCAUGCAUUUUUACAAUUUUAUCCGUAAUUCACUGUGCUUUACUUU